AUUACGAAGAAACCAACCCAAACCCAAAAACUCGUUUUUACAGAAAGAAACCAAAACCCUCUCCCCCAAACGCAGCGUUUUGAACCAUUUCUUCUUGUUAUUCAAUGGCGACAAGUAAAAGCUACUACGCCAGGCCCAACUACCGGUACCUGCCGACCGAUCACCACCACCAGACACUCGGCGGCGACUCGGCAUUCGAACUCGACGAGUCCGACAUCUACAACUUCGCCCGGUCCAGCUCGCCGGAGUACCGCAAGCCGGCGAUGAGCUCCCGCGGGGCGUCGAAGAAGUCGUCGUCGGCCUCGUCCAAGCGCUCCGACGCCGGUGACCUUAGUGGCGGGACGGCGGCGUCGCUGCCGGUGGGGAUUCCGGACUGGUCCAAGAUUCUGAGGGACGAGUACCGGGAAAACCGGAGGAGUGAUGACGACGACGACGUGGACGAAGACGAGUGGUCCGCAGGGAGCGUGCGGGUCCCGCCGCACGAGUUUUUGGCGAGGCAGAUGGCGAGGACGAGAAUCGCGUCCUUCUCGGUGCACGAAGGCGUGGGGAGGACGCUGAAGGGGAGGGAUCUGAGCCGGGUCCGUAAUGCGAUUUGGGAAAAAACCGGGUUCGAAGAUUAAUUAGCAGAACAAUUUUUUCCUUUCUGAAUUUCCAAGAAGAAAAAUUGCAGAGUUCCAGGAGGGGGGGUAAUUUUACGGGAAUUAUUGGUUAGAUUUUUUUUUUUUUCCCGAAUUUCUUGUAUCUUGUUUCUGAAUUUGUUCACGUAUUAUUGUGACGGAUGCGAUCGAGAUGAUCCUUAUUUUCAUAUAUUGUAAUGUAAUCCUAACAGGGACGAUUUUCUUGAAAUUUUCUCGAGGUUAAAUUU